UUCCCGUACGGGACAACCCUACUUCCACACGAGCUCACUCACACGAGCGCUGCUCGCUUACCUUCCCACCUUGAUACCUUCCCAUAAAUGCUUGUCUGAAAACCCCCCUUAUUCAGGAAAUAUUACACUUUAGCCCUCUUUCAUUUUUAUUUCCUCGUACGCUCUAUUUCCUAUCUAUUUCUCUCAUUCUUUUUUCCCUCUGUCCUCAGAUCUCUCAAUGGCAGCCUCGUAAUAUUUUCCGUCCAAAGAGACUCACUCCAUCGCCUCUCAUCAGGCCGUUCUCCCGGUUCUAGGGGCCCCACUCCCCCCCUCCCCCCCACUCUUUCAUUUGCCCAGAAAAGAAGAAGAGAAGAACCACACUCUCGCUCUCGCUCACACACACACAACACAUACACAGACACCUAUCAGUUCUUUGACUUUGGACUCACGCCAUCGCAAUAAUAGCAUUUGCCUUCCCAAUCUCUUUCUGAGCUUUUAAUUCUACCAUCCACAUUUCUGCUAACGUGCGCAGCCUUUUUAGCUUGGCCAUGGGCGUACUACGCCACCAGCAGCUCCACCAUCAUCACCGUCUUUCUGCUGCAGUUGCUCUCGCUCUCCUCUUCAUUGCGUCCGCCUCGGCCACUGUUCUCUCAUCUACCCGCCAACUCGGUAGUGGGUUAGUGGGAGUAAGCGGGGUGAAGAAGCCGGAGAGAGAGGAGGCGAAAAAGGGAGGUGGGUUGGAGGUGCUGGAGCGACUUCUGUCUCGGAGGAGACUCGCUGGGCCGGGAUCGUCUCCACCAACGUGCCGAUCCAAGUGUGGGAGGUGUUCGCCUUGCAAGGCGGUGCACGUGCCUAUACAGCCCGGGCGGAGUAUCCCUCUCGAGUACUACCCUGAAGCUUGGCGUUGCAAAUGUGGCAAUAAGCUCUUCAUGCCCUAAACUACCAACACAUACCAUCCCCAAAACCAUAACUUGGAAAAACAUAGACAAAUCUCCUUUACAUGUUUCUCUUCAUCUCUUUUCUGUAUCUGUUUUUUAUUAAUUUUCUUUCAUGUAUUUAUUGAUUUUCUUUUAUGGAAAGAGGCAAGGACACAUGAGUAAUGUAAUUCUUAACUGAGUUGAACAAGCUGGCUAGUGGCUACUCUCUCUCUUUCUCUGUCGUUGAACUUGUCAUGUUUGUGUAAUCACUAUGAGAUAGCUUGGAAGUAAAGAUUGUAACUAAGAAACGAGGAUGAGCUUACUCUCAGAAAGAUAAAAGAGUUUUUCGCU